UUGGUAUUAAAUGGAAUCGGCAGGUAUAGUUGAGGCAAUUGAUUUAAUUGCAGAUCACAAAGUGUUGAUUUCGACAGUUGUCGGAUCAGUCAUCAGCGUCAUUCUACUGCGACGUUACUUGGCUGGUGGUGUAUGCGUCUCCAAGAAACGUCUGGAUGGAAAGACUGUCAUCAUUACCGGAUGUAACACUGGUAUCAGUCUGGAGACGGCCAAGGAAUUGUCUGCUAGAGGAGCCCGGGUGAUCAUGGCAUGUCGUGAUAUAGGGCGGGCUACUAAAGCAGCAGAUAUCGUCAAAAUGUUCUCAGGAAACAGUGACGUGAGUGUAGAGCGUCUGGACCUCGCCUCUUUAGACUCUGUGAGGAAAUUCGCAGAUGUCAUCUUAAAGAAUGAAGAAAGAAUUAAUAUUCUCAUCAACAAUGCUGGUGUGAUGAUGUGUCCUAAAUUGAAGUCCGAAGAUGGAUACGAGAUGCAGUUUGCGACAAACCACCUUGGCCAUUUCCUGUUGACAAAUCUGUUACUAGACAAAAUAAAGACAUCUGCUCCUUCUCGGAUCAUCAACGUUUCUGCACUAAUACAUUACAGAGGAAAAAUCCACUUUGAUGAUAUCAAUAGUGAAAAAAGCUACUCUCCAAUGGCUGCGUAUGCUCAGAGUAAACUAGCUAAUGUGCUCUUCACAAGGGAACUCAGCCAACGUCUACAAGGUAGCGAUGUGACGGUAAACACGCUCCAUCCCGGAGUAAUUGAGACAGAGCUGGUGAGACAUGUGGAGGCUAGGGUUCCUUCCGUCCUGUUUACGUUACUUCGCCCAUUUACAAUUUUCCUAAAGACUCCAGUACAAGGUGCCCAGACAACUCUGCACUGCGCUUUAGACGAACAGCUGGAGCAUGUUUCUGGUAAAUACUUCAGUGACUGCAAAGAACAACAACCAUCAAAGGAUGCAUUGAAUAUGGAGGAUGCGAAACGGCUUUGGCAGAUCUCAGAGGAAAUGGUUGCUGGAGCACGCAGAUAG